GCCUCAGGUUCAAAAAAGGAGGGAGCUGUGGCGCUUAGCAACUUUGACAGUAUCAGGAGAAGGGUGUUCACUGUUGUUUCAGAAGCACACUAUUUCCAAACCUUAGGAAAGGAGGGAUAAGUUGGCAGAGCUAUAGCUGUGUCAGCUUUCUAACAAGGUGUAGGAAGCGUUCUGGAGAAAAGUUGCCGAAACCAGGUUUCCUGAGCCCUGGUCUACAAAUUCUGCUUAUUUACAAGGAAGAAGAGAGACCUGGUUUCUGUAAUCUUAUGAUGUCCACUCCUGGGCAGCGUAUGAUGUAGCACAUCAGUCAAAGCAGUCGAGUGGAUUACAGACCCCCGUCUUGGCAAAUCUUCAAACGUCCGCCAAAGAAUGGCGGCAAACUCUAUACAAGAAGGCUUAGACGAUGGCAAAAGCUUUUGGUGUGAAGCACCUCCUGGUUGGAAGAAGAGGGUGACAUACAGGUCAUCUACAACAGUCAACAGCCGGUCCAAGGCUGACGUAUACUUCUAUGCACCAUCAGAUUCUGUCCACACAACAAGGUUCCGCUCAGAAAAGAAGCUGCGUGAGUACCUGACCAAGAACACAGGCAUUAUUCCAAACCUUCCUCCUCCUGAAGCAUUUGACUGGAGCUAUCCGGGGGGAACAAGGGAGGGCAAGUGCAAGAAUGGUCCCCCCCUCACCACCAAAGCAGCGCCGGACACACCGCGACAUACCCCUGUGAAAACUACGGGAAAGAGAGACCCAAGGAAGCGGCCCCGAGAAUCCCCCCACAAAGACAGUACAGCCACUGACAAUGCAGAGAAGAUGCACACUGAGCUUGCAAAUGGAGCCAGUCGUGGCAGUAAUGCGCCGCAUUUGAGGAACGAUGAUUCUGAGGAACCAGCCUCGAAACCUGAGGGCAGUGACGAAGAGAGUGGGGCAAAAGCACCCGAGCCUGGGGGCAAUGAGGCUGGGCCUGCCCCUAAGAAAAAGAAAGGGAGGCCGAGUGCGGCAGAGAAGCUGGCAACUGAGGGGUCGGGGCCCCCGCCUGAAACGCAGAGAGCUCAAAAGCCCGAAAGAGACCCUCAGGACGAAGCGAGCGCCGGAAAGUCCGAAACUAGAGACGGGGAGGAAGUGAAGGAGGGCCUGGUUGAGAACGUGUUGUCAGCCCAGCCUGCGGCGCCCAAGCGGAAGGGGCGGCCACCUCGGACAAAAGGCGAAGGGAAGGGCGGGGCGGCGGAAGGGAGAGGAAAAGGUGCGGCGAUCGGGAAGGCUGAGGAUGCCCUGAGGGGGAAAAGUGAGGCACAGGUUUCUGUUGGAGAAGGUUUGAAUGGCGGCAAGGUUGAGGCUGCCAGGGGAGUGUCUGUGGAGGAACCUGCCCAACAGAGCGCUGUGGCAGAGAGAACUGAGUCGAAGCCGGCAGAAGCAAGGCCUGAUGCAAGAUACAAUCCUAGUUGCAAUGAGAUGCCUGGAGAAACGGGUGUUGGACAGCAAGAGGCCGCGCAGGAGGGGCGGGAAGAUGAUGUGCUGGCGGAGGGGCAGAGCAAUGGGGUCCCUGAGAAUGCUGAGAGGGGAGAGGAGUUCGCAGAGGUACCGAAAAGGCAUGAAAACGAGAGGGCCGCGCCACAAGAAGGGCCUCACAGAGCAGCACCAGAGGCGGGGGCAGCGGCGGGUAUAGGUCCGCUGACGUCUGGAGAGCCAACCGACGGGGAAACUUUGCCCGGUUGUAAAGGAGAGCGUGAUGUAAGCGAUGCGCCCACAGAUGGAAACGAUGUUGUACGGGAGGGUCGAGCAGAAUUGGCAGGUGCAGGUUCGAACCCCUCUUUGCGAGCGCAUGCCCCGGAGAAGGUGGGAGUGAAGCUAGAGGAUAUGGAGGCGCCGCAGCCUCAGGGGGGGGUCCUGGGGGCAGGGAAGUCAGCCCCCAGCGAGAAGGAGGGGGCUGACGGCACAGGCACUCCGCUUUCGAUCCUUGACGCAGAGAAGGACAGGGCCCUUCGAAGCGCGGGCGGAUCGGGGGCUGACUUGUUGGCACAGGAAGAGGCGCUGCGGGAAGGCCGGGUGGAGACGAAUAGAGAAGCACAGGCUGCGGAACCGUCGCAGUCGCAAUCGCAGGACCUUCAGUGCUCGGAAACGGUGCCCAGUCCCGAGCUGGCCGGAAGCGGAAACGGAAACCGGAACGGAAGCGAGCAGCAAGUUGACGGGGCACCAGGGCCGAGCCAGCCGGAGCCGGAACCCGUCGAAACCAAGGCCAUGAGAAAGAAAGCGCGGCUGGCCAAAGUGCUCGGACCCCACGAACUAGUCGCCCGCCCACGCAGGGAGAAACCUCCGCCUCCGCCGCCCCUUUCCUUUGCUCCGCCUCGGGGGAUCGCGGAUGCCGUCAAGCUCCGGACGGCCGGGGCGCAGGAAAAGAAGAAUGCGCGGCAGCAGGUGGGGGAACGGGUGUAUCCCUCGCGCUUACCUCACGGGUUCUCUGUGUCGGCGGUUAUUGCGGCUGCUGCCGCGGCACCGCCGUCGCCCCUUCCCAAGAUCAGGGGCCGGCCCCCGAAGCAGAAGAACGGGCCCGGGUCCUCGCGGCUCGGCACGGGAAAGCAGUCGGAAGAAGAAGCAGAGGAGCGGAAAGUGCUGGAGCAGAGGGAGGAGCACGAGGCAGCGGUCAGGAUAUUCAAGGAGGAAGAGGAAGAACGGGAGCGGGUGCUCAAGGAGAGGGGUUUCUUCCACCCGCGCGACGAGUCACUAGCUGACCGCCCGCGGCCGCCUCCAGUGCACGGGAAGCGGCGCACCAAGUCCGCUCUCCUGGCGGAAUACCGGGAGCGGCUCAAACAAGAGCGGAACACAAACGGAAGCAGUGACGAGGAAGAUGAGAACGACGACGACUCGCUGCUAGGGGACGACGACGAUUUGAGGCACUCGAAAGGGGAGGCGCGUGAGGCGCUGUUGCACCGGAAGCGAGUGGACAUGCGCGCAAGAAGAAAAGCGGAGCGAGACAAUCAGGGGGAGGACGGAGAAGAAGAGGUUUGGGCAAGAAGGGAGAACGGGGACAGGGAGAAAAAAGGAGACGGGCGGAAGAAACGGAAGGCGGGGUGGACUAUGGUGCGGACGCAAAAGAGGACCGCGGUCGUGAACGGGGGGAGGUUCCGGGAGGACCGAGGGGAAGGCGCCGGUCCUUCGCGACGGGCCCCCGGCCGCCACAUCCCCCGCGGCCACCGCACCCAUUUCCCGCGCGACCCGGAACCGGACCCGACGUACGACUCCGACGCCAACAGCAGCGAGCUCAAAAUGGGCCAGAAGCUCGACGAGCACGGCUUCUUCGAGCGGGACGAGUUUGAGGUGGCGAGCCAGGAAGGGGGGGGUGACCGCGGGGGCAGGAGACCCCCCCGGGAGCGGCUCCCCCUGGAAGCGCCCCCCCAGCGGCGCCGGAGCUUCGGGCACCGGAAAGGGCCGUCGGGGGGCCAGGCACGGGAGGGGCUGCGAAUAGCGACGGAGCAGGGGGGCGGGCCUCCGGCGGAUGCGCCCGGGUUUUCCGGCCGGACUGGGGAGGGUGUUUCCCCAGGGGUGAAGCGAGAGAGGAUUGCGGAGCAGAAUGGGGGGCUGGAAAGGCCCGGAAGCGCGACGGGGGGGGAGAGGGAGGUGGAGGCGAAGCGGCCGCGAUGGGAGGGGCCGUGGGAAGUGAAGGCGGUGUCGAAUACGCGGCAUGACGACAGUGUGAGCCUAGGUGUAAACGCGAACGUCAGUUCUGGAAGAGGAAGCGCUGAGCCAUUGAGCUCGAGGGACCAUUUUGCAGCUGCACCAACUCUUCUGUGGCCGGUCGAUGGCGUCUCGGGUGCUUCAGCAGGCGCCGACUCCGCCCACGAUGCCCGCUGGGGCUUCUGCCCCGGCGUCACCUCCGCCCCGAGCGCCCUGCCCCCGGUCGCCGCCAACUGUCCCGGUUUGCAGCCCUCGCAGGACGCGUGCUGCGGCGCCGUCAGUACUCUUUUGGAGAACAGGGGAAUCUCAUCACCCCAGGCAGACCAGAUCCUGAGGAUCGCCACCAUCGAUUCCAACACGGAGCAGGCGUGCCUCGCCGUAAUGCAGCAGGCGCUCGCGCCGCGGGGCGUUACCGCCAACCUUUCCAGCGGAUGCGCGUCUCCUCUACGACUUUCUCGCAGGACGCCAUUGAUCUUUGCGGUCACGCCCCAAAACACGUGCCCCAGCGAGAAACAGUCGCCGGCCGACGCCCAAAACGUUCUGAGCGCAUGCGCAGGUGUACCCACCUUCCGACGCGACGGCAACGCCGUUUGCGGUGGCUCCUUCACCGCCCUGACCGGCGCGAUCGCCGGGAUCUUUGGCCAAUCUCCGGGCGCCACGUUGGCGGCCCUCGCGGCCCAGAAUUCACCGGCAGACUGCAGCACGGUCGUCAUCGUGACGUUGCUCCAGCAGAACCCCGGUUUUUACGUCAUCGGCGCUUUUCUGGACCGGGCGUUCAAAGGGGCGGGGUGCGCUGCGGGGCUUGGGCUGGUGAGUAACUAG